AAUACUUUGCAUUAAAAAUUUAGAUCUUCUUACAUGGAAGAGGUCAAAUCCAGUUAUAGCAAAACACCUUUACUGCAGAGGCCAUAUAACCAAAAAGUCCAAAGGCCCAGCCCAGUGGACCAUUUACUUCAGUGAUGUUCAGUACAAAAUUUCACUGCCAUUAAAGACUUUGGAAAGUCCCUUUUAAGUUGUAACAGGAUUUGACUAUUAGUGUGGAUUUCGAUAACCCUUCUUUAGUUAAUGUAAUAAAUGCUCUUUGAAGCUGGAAAUAUACUGGUUUCUUGCAUCCUUAUAGUUUUCUCUGGGCUUUUAUGCAAAAGAUUGUAUUUUCUGAAUGUCUUAGUAUGUUGCUGUCUUUUUACCUGCCUGGGGUUGCCUUCAGAUGUGGGUGAGGACUUGUUUACAAAAAGUCCUAGAAGACCUUAAGUUAAAAUUAGCUCUCCAAUUUUCAAGUAUUUUCUUUUGGCAGAAUAAGUUUUGGGUCCUAUGAGAGGUAAAUAGGUUGGUUGCCUCUCUUGCUAUAGCCCAUCUAGAGCACAACAAAAACUUUGUUUUUGAGGGGGAUGGAGUUACUUUUUACCUUGUCCCCUAAUUGAAUAUAUUUAGGACUUUUGGUUUUAGAAAUCUCAGAGUUCUAUAGUUGGAAUAGUGUCACAGAGAUAGUGUUAGGUUUCUUAGGCAACAAAAUUGGAGUGUUACCUAUUGCCCAUCUGGGCAUGGCUUUGAUGAGUUCCAUAUAAAUAAUGAGUGUAGCCUAAUUUUCUGUCAUGUGCUACCUAGCAUAUACAUUUCUGACAGUCAGGUGGAUUAUCUUGAAAUUUUAGACAAACUUUCUGCCUCCUUGGAAAGCUCUACAUCUCCUUGUGAUUGGAGUGUGGGUUUCAAGAUUCCAGAAGGAGGAAAAAAAGCAAGAGCAGAAGUCGUAGUCAUGAACGAAAGAGAAGCAAAAGUAAGGAACGGAAGCGAAGUAGAGACAGAGAAAGGAAAAAGAGCAAAAGCCGUGAAAGAAAGCGAAGUAGAAGCAAGGAGAGGCGACGGAGCCGCUCAAGAAGUCGAGAUCGAAGAUUUAGAGGCCGCUACAGAAGUCCUUACAGACGACGUUCCCGAAGCAAAAGUCCAUUCAGAAAAGACAAGAGCCCUGUGAGAGAACCUAUUGAUAAUUUAACUCCUGAGGAAAGAGAUGCAAGGACAGUCUUCUGUAUGCAGCUGGCGGCAAGAAUUCGACCAAGGGAUUUGGAAGAGUUUUUCUCUACAGUAGGAAAGGUGCGAGAUGUGAGGAUGAUUUCUGACAGAAAUUCAAGACGUUCCAAAGGAAUUGCUUAUGUGGAGUUCGUCGAUGUUAGCUCAGUGCCUCUAGCAAUAGGAUUAACUGGCCAACGAGUUUUAGGCGUGCCAAUCAUAGUACAGGCAUCACAGGCAGAAAAAAACAGAGCUGCAGCAAUGGCAAACAAUUUACAAAAGGGAAGUGCUGGACCUAUGAGGCUUUAUGUGGGCUCAUUACACUUCAACAUAACUGAAGAUAUGCUUCGUGGGAUCUUUGAGCCUUUUGGAAGAAUUGAAAGUAUCCAGCUGAUGAUGGACAGUGAAACUGGUCGAUCCAAGGGAUAUGGAUUUAUUACAUUUUCUGACUCAGAAUGUGCCAAAAAGGCUUUGGAACAACUUAAUGGAUUUGAACUAGCAGGAAGACCAAUGAAAGUUGGUCAUGUUACUGAACGUACUGAUGCUUCGAGUGCUAGUUCAUUUUUGGACAGUGAUGAACUGGAAAGGACUGGAAUUGAUUUGGGAACAACUGGUCGUCUUCAGUUAAUGGCAAGACUUGCAGAGGGUACAGGUUUGCAGAUUCCGCCAGCAGCACAGCAAGCUCUACAGAUGAGUGGCUCUUUGGCAUUUGGUGCUGUGGCAGAAUUCUCUUUUGUUAUAGAUUUGCAAACAAGACUUUCCCAGCAGACUGAAGCUUCAGCUUUAGCUGCAGCUGCCUCUGUUCAGCCACUUGCAACACAAUGUUUCCAACUCUCUAACAUGUUUAACCCUCAAACAGAAGAAGAAGUUGGAUGGGAUACCGAGAUUAAGGAUGAUGUGAUUGAAGAAUGUAAUAAACAUGGAGGAGUUAUUCAUAUUUAUGUUGACAAAAAUUCAGCUCAGGGCAAUGUGUAUGUGAAGUGCCCAUCAAUUGCUGCAGCUAUUGCUGCUGUCAAUGCAUUGCAUGGCAGGUGGUUUGCUGGUAAAAUGAUAACAGCAGCAUAUGUACCUCUUCCAACUUACCACAACCUGUUUCCUGAUUCUAUGACAGCAACACAACUACUGGUUCCAAGUAGACGAUGAAGGAAGAUAUAGUCCCUUAUGUAUAUAGCUUUUUUUCUUUCUUGAGAAUUCAUCUUGAGUUAUCUUUUAUUUAGAUAAAAAUAAAGAGGCAAGGAUCUACUGUCAUUUGUAUACAAUUUCCUGUUACCUUGAAAAAAUAAAAAUGUUAACAGGAAUGCAGUGUGCUCAUUCUCCCUAAAUAGUAAAUCCCACUGUAUACAAAACUGUUCUCUUGUUCUGCCUUUUAAAAUGUUCAUGUAGAAAAUUAAUGAACUAUAGGAAUAGCUCUAGGAGAACAAAUGUGCUUUCUGUAAAAAGGCAGACCAGGGAUGUAAUGUUUUUAAUGUUUCAGAAGCCUAACUUUUUACACAGUGGUUACAUUUCACAUUUCACUAAUGUUGAUAUUUGGCUGAUGGUUGAGCAGUUUCUGAAAUACACAUUUAGUGUAUGGAAAUACAAGACAGCUAAAGGGCUGUUUGGUUAGCAUCUCAUCUUGCAUUCUGAUCAAUUGGCAAGAAAGGGAGAUUUCAAAAUUAUAAUAUUUCUUGAUGGUAUCUUUUCAAUUAAUGUAUCUGUAAAAGUUUCUUUGUAAAUACUAUGUGUUCUGGUGUGUCUUAAAAUUCCAAACAAAAUGAUCCCUGCAUUUCCUGAAGAUGUUUAAACGUGAGAGUCUGGUAGGCAAAGCAGUCUGAGAAAGAAAUAGGAAAUGCAGAAAUAGGUUUUGUCUGGUUGCAUAUAAUCUUUGCUCUUUUUAAGCUCUGUGAGCUCCGAAAUAUAUUUUUGGGUUACUUCAGUGUGUUUGACAAGACAGCUUGAUAUUUCUAUCAAACAAAUGACUUUCAUAUUGCAACAAUCUUUGUAAGAACCACUCAAAUAAAAGUCUCUUAAAAAGGC